AUGAGGCUUGAUUCAGUACAUUUAUCCAUGCUGGUCAUCGGGGUCUCAUUCGCCUGCUACUCCCCGAGUUUGAAUUCCCUGCAGGACCAGGUUUACAAAUCCGCCGUGGUGAUCGAGGGCAAGGUGCAGUCUACGCCUGUGAACGUCUCCGCGGAGCGGUACCGUGUGAAUGUCAAAGUGCUGGAUGUUUGGCCCCUUAACAGCGGGGGUCUGGAGCGAGAACAGCUCGUCACCGUGGGGGAAUUUGGAUCUGAGGCUCCGUGCACCAAAGUGAAGAAGAACCACAAGUACAUUUUUUUCAUGGACCCCACUGACGAGCCAUUGGUUUUCAAGGCAUCGUUUGCGCCUCGGGACACGAGUGUGAAGAGCCUAAAAAAGGAUGUUGGGAAGAUCUUGUGUGAGGACUGCGCUGCGGCUCCAAAGUUAAAACCGAUGAGGAAUCCAAUAAUAGUGGACGAGGGAAGCAAGCUCAUAGUUAAGUGUGAGGCAACAGGGAGCCCUCUCCUCUACAAAUGGUUCAAAGAUGGCAACGAGCUGAAGAAAACCAAAAAAGUCAGAAUAAAGAACACCCCGAAAAACUCCAAAGUCCAGAUCAACAGAGCAAAACUGGAGGAUUCUGGGAAUUACACAUGUGUGGUGGAGAACAACCUGGGAACGGACAACUCCACUGGCACCGUUAACGUCCAAAGCAUAACCACAACGCAACCUCCAGGCUCAGGCCACGCCAGAAACUGCAACGACACAGAGAAAGCCUACUGUGUGAAUGGCGGCCAAUGUUACUUCAUACAUGGUAUAGAUAAGCUCGCCUGCAAGUGUCCAAAUGACUUUACUGGUGAUCGCUGUCAAACCUACGUUAUGGCCAGUUUCUACCAGCAUCUUGGGAUUGAAUUUAUGGAGGCAGAGGAACUCUACCAGAAAAGAGUCCUGACAAUCACGGGUAUCUGUGUGGCGCUGUUGGUGGUGGGCAUCGUGUGUGUGGUUGCCUACUGUAAAACCAAGAAACAAAGAAAGAAGAUGCACAAUCAUCUGCGACAAAAUAUGUGUCCAGAACAUCCCAAUCGUAACCUUGCUAACGGACCCAAUCACCCCGGACCAGGCCCAGAGGAAAUCCCGAUGGUAGAUUACAUAUCAAAGAAUGUCCCUGCAACUGAACGAGUCAUACGACCUGCAACAGAGGGAUCGUUCCCUGCCAGCCAUAACUCUUCCAGAUCUCACAACUCUUCCACACGAGCCCAUUCAUCAACUCACAGACAUGAGGAACGGACAUGGAGCCUGGAACAUUCUGACAGCAUCCUCUCCGACUCGCCGGGAAUGAUGUCAUCAUCCGUGGGGACCAGUAAAUGCAGCAGUCCUGCCUGCAUGGAGGCACGGGCCCGACGCGCUGCUCACUGUGGUUACUCUGACCCCCAUCGGACGGGCCUGCCGUACGGAGACUCUUUCGACUCGCUGGGAGACUCUCCGCACAGUGACAGAUACGUGUCAGCCCUGACAACACCAGCCCGACUCUCCCCUGUGGAUUUCCAUUACUCAUUGCCCUCGCAGGUGCCUACCUUCCAGAUAACAUCCCCCAAUGCCAGCCAUGCCAUGUCCCUCCCCCCUGCUGUCCACAACCCCUACCCUCUGGAAGAUGACCAGCCUCUGUUGCGCCGCUAUCAGGUGCCCCUACACGAUGCCCAGUGCCAGGAGCCCUACCGGCAGCAGCGUCGCACCUAUCUAAACGACAGCAGGGGCAGCCUGCCCUCCAGCCCCUACCGGCUGGCUAAAGAAGAAGACUAUGAGACCACCCAGGAGUAUCUCUCCUCUCGGGAGCAACCAAAGAGAAGUGGGUCCAGUGGAACUGGUAGCCGUCGCUGGCGGAGGUCCAGACUCAAUGGCCACGUGGCCCCGCGUGGAUAUGAGGCAUCUCGGGACUAUGGGUCUCGAAGCUGCCUAACAGAUAGUGAGUCAGAUGAGGACGGGGAGAGCACGCCCUUCCUCAGUAUGCAGAACAUGAACGCCGAGCCCUCCACCAUCUACAGGCCGGUGGACAGUCGGACUUCUCACUCAUCGGGGCGGCACAGUGGGCAUGGGAACAUGCAUACGAGACUUACACACUCACGCUCCAAACCGGACAAUACACCCCAUUAAAGAGUGAAACUGAACCAACAAAAAUCAAUAUAGUAUAGACCUGCAUCUAUAAGAAAUAUUUUUAUUUUAUAUAACUGACAGAUAUUCUAAACAAAUGAAAUAUUUAUUUUCAUUUUAGCAAAAGUUGUCUACUAGUUAACAGCAAAGACUUUUUUAUAGGGAAAACUCUAUUUAUAUGUACAUUUUUGAUUUACAGCAUAAAAAGAUGUGCCAGUUUUUUCACAACGUAAAAAAAUAAUAGUAAUAUUGUGGUGCCUUUUGCUGUAUGCCGAUGCCAGAGGGCCAGUGGAGGUUUUUGUAGCCUUUCUUAUAUGGACGCCUCAUUUUUUAUACACAUUUAUGUUUCUUUUUCCUCUCUGGUUUCCUGUUUUACUUUAUUUCCAAGUUGCAUUCUUUGAGGAGUCUAGCCCCACUGGAACAUAACCCCUUCCAUGUCAUGCAAUAUAAACCACUUCAACAUAAAGUGUAUGUUUACAUUAA